CGUUUUGUCUCUCUUCAAAAGAAAAGAUUAGCAAUAAACUAUAUCGGCUCGUUAUUUGAGUUUUUGGAUUCGGAUAACAAAAACGGCUGUGGUUUUUCCGUUUUUUCCCUUGUCUUUAAAACGUAAAACGAAAAAUCCGUGUUUUUGAAAUACGAGAGAAUCUCAAAUAACGAGCCAACUUGAUGUUUUGCUAAUUCCUCUUUUGUUACAUGUUGGUACUUUUGAAGAGAUACGCAAAACGAGACAGGUGACCCGGAAGUACGAUUAUGUCAAAAUAAAAUCCAGCGCUGAUCGUAUGCAACAACUUUACCUUUACAGUCUAUGAUGCAGGCAACACGGUGUUUCUGACUCUUCGUUUUUUCGAUGACACCAUAAAACUCACUAUCAACUUGUACACGGACACUUGAUCGGCUGAUCUUAAAGCAACGGUCAUUUUGAGUGACGUCAUGCUCCAGAGGCUCGCGGCGUCCCGGCUGCCCGCUGCAGCGGCGGUGCGAUGCGUCUCCUCGGGCUCAGUGGACAUCAAGGUCCCGCUAAACUUCUGGGCUGGAAAGAGACAGACGAGUUUGGAGAAAUGUAACAGGGAAAAGGUUUACGAACCCGCAACAGGGCGAGUGUUGUGCCAUUUGGAGCCGUGUGGUGCUGUGGAGGUAGAUCAGGCUGUGAAGGCUGCCAAGUCGGCGUUCGGCCAUUGGAGCAAAAUGUCUGGGAUGGAGAGGGCGAGGAUCAUGAUAGAAGCUGCCCGUAUCAUUGAGAGCAGGAGAGAAGAGAUAGCUGAAAUGGAGGUGGUCAACAAUGGGAAGUCCAUCACAGAGGCCCGCCUGGAUGUGGACUCUGCCAGACUGUGUACCGAGUACUACGCAGCCCUGGCUAGCACUCUCGCAGGCCAGCAUGUCCAGUUGCCUGGGGGAUCCUUUGCCUACACCCGCAGGGAGCCUCUGGGAGUAUGUGUCGGCAUCGGUGCUUGGAAUUAUCCGUUCCAGAUAGCUUCCUGGAAAUCCGCUCCAGCCCUGGCCUGUGGAAACUCCAUGGUGUUCAAGCCGUCACCGGUGACGCCCGUGACAGCAGUCAUGCUGGCGGAGAUCUAUGCCAAGGCCGGAGCUCCAGAGGGGCUGCUCAACGUGGUGCAGGGCGGCCAGGAGACGGGCAGCUUACUCUGCCACCACCCAGACGUCGCCAAGGUGUCGUUCACCGGGAGUGUGUCCACAGGCAAGAAGAUUAUGGCGAUGGCAUCCAAGGGGGUGAAGCCUGUGACUCUGGAGCUCGGGGGGAAAUCUCCUCUGCUCAUCUUUCAGGACAGCGAUCUGGAGAACGCUGUGAGGGGAGCUCUGAUGGCCAACUUCCUGUCUCAAGGCCAGGUCUGCAGCAAUGGUACAAGGGUCUUUGUUCAGAAGGAUAUUCUGCCUGAGUUUGUGGAGGAGGUGGUGAAGAGGACACGGGCGAUCGAGAUAGGAGACCCACUAUUGGAGAGCACACGAAUGGGAGCACUGGUCAACCAGCCACACCUGGAAAAAGUCCUAUCCCUUUGUUGAUCAGGCAAGAAAGAGGGAGCUACAGUGUUGUGCGGGGGUGAAGCUUUUGUACCAUCAGAUCCCAAACUCAGAGGUGGAUACUACAUGACUCCAUGUGUAUUGGGUGAAUGCACAGAUGAGAUGACCUGUGUGAAGGAGGAGAUCUUCGGUCCUGUCAUGUCUGUGUUGUCCUUUGAAACCGAAGAGGAGGUGCUGCUGAGAGCCAAUGACACCACCAUGGGUCUGGCUGCAGGGGUUUUCACCAGGGAUGUGAAGCGAGCCCAUCGUGUGGUGGAACACCUCAAGGCUGGUUCCUGUUUCAUCAACAAUUACAACAUCACUCCAGUGGAGGUGCCCUUUGGAGGGUUCAAGAUGUCAGGUACUGACAGGCUGCAUUGGGCGUGAGAAACGGCCAGGGUGACAGUCGAGUACUACUCCCAGCUGAAGACGGUGUUUGUGGAGAUGGGAGAUGUGGACAGCCUCUUCUAGGACGACGCACAUCGGGAGGACGACGGGGCUGGACAGUGAGCCGGAGACUGAAACAGACGGCCUGGACUAGAAACAACACUUCAGGGACGGAGCAUCAAACGUUAAGAGCUCAAAGUGCUGAGGAGCGAGGCCGUCCAGAAAAUAUGUAUGUAUCUGAAUGUGAAAUAGAUGCAACACUGAAGCAGUCUGAAGCAACUAGCUAUGUAGAAUAGCAGGAAUGUAACAUUUUAAUCUUAAGAGAUUUGAAUUAAAGUUAGCAUCUGUGUCAAAUGGAUGAAAUUAAAGAUGGAUCCGUUUGAUCUGCUCCAACCAAGCAAAUCGAUGGAUUUGCUUGGUUGAUUUCAGCUCCUACAGAAUAGAUACUUGAUGUAUUAUGUCACCCAUGUGCAAAAAAAAACUUGUUGUACUAUAUUUCACUAUAUUUAACAAUAUAUUUUUAUACACACAAAAUACAAAAACAAUCAGCACCUUAAAUGUUGUAUUGAUUUAAUUCAUCUACAAUGUACAGUUCAUAUAUGCUUUUUGUACAAUGCUGUUUAAAUCAGAACUAGACUGUAACAUCCCGCCUGGUGGGUCAAGGUAAUUAUGAAGGAACCGGUCUUGACACAUUUUCAUGUCAAAUAAAUUGUAACAUAACAAAACUGUGUAUAACAUUUCAAUAAAAUUCAUAAAUAAUAAAUGUUUGUGUUCA